UCAGUUUCACAGAACAUUGUAAAGGAGAGAGAAACGGAGAGUGAAGAAGAGAGGUAGAGAGAGAAAAUUCUCUCAAGCAUGCAAACGCCGAGUCGACCCAAAACAAGUUCCAAUUUCACCAAUCCAAAUCUUCUCAAUUACCAUUUCGAGUCGUUUCUCUAACACCCCAUCAAUCAAUUUCUCUCCAAUUUUGAGCUUCUUCAUCCAUGGCGGUUUCCGACGUGGACGCAGUGCUCGAAUUUCUUAAGAAAAAUGGGUUUUCAGAGGCAGAGUCGGCUCUCAAAAGGGAUGUCGUCGACAAAUCCGAUUUGGGUUCUUUUGAUUUUGAAAAAUUCUUCUUUCCGAUGCUCCCUGCUCCACCUCCGGUCAGAAUCCCCUCCACUUCCCGGCAAUUCGCCGCUCUUUCUGGCGGCGAGGCCGACGGCGACCAUCGUUUUGGAUCGAACUCUGUUUCCUCUGAUGAUGAGUUUGUGAGCUUGAGGUCUUCUACUUCUGACGUUUGCUCUUCUGAAUUCAUCAAUCCUUACGGUGUUUCAUCAGAGUCUUCUUCAGAUAUCGCCUCUCAGUUCGACACGGCGCGUGAUUACCACGAAUUCGAUUUGCAGAAUGAUCUCCUUUGGUAUGAUGAGAAAGAGGAUGUGAAUUUCUUUGGCUGCCCCAGUGAGGAUAAGUUUAUAAUGACUACUGAGAGAGACGAGCAGUUUAGUAGUUUGUCAGCUCCCGAGAAGUCGAUUCUUUGUCGUACAGCUCACUCGAGUGACGAACGUUUGAUCGAGAUCACAAAUCAUCCUUAUAAGCAAGGCUUAGAGGGGCUGUCUGAGGGUUGCCUUCCUUUUUGCAAAUGUUGUGUUGCCAAUGGAGAGUUUUAUAGCCACAAGAGUGAUUUCCAGUUGAAAGUAGUUAAAGACAUUGCCACUAACUGUGAUUCCUCGACCGAAAUAUAUUGUUCUUCGAACUUCGUCCACGGGUUUGAAAAUAACAAUGACUCCCUAAGUAAAGUUCUUGAAAAAAGUUAUAUACAUAACGCAGCUGAUGGCUAUAACGUCGAUAGUCAUGGAGAAGUAGAGGAGGAAGCCGAUGAAUCUGAACCAGUUACAGAUGGAGAUGGCGUUGCUGCUGACGAGCUACCGAUGUGUGGUAUCAACGACGAUGAAUUUGAAGUAUUUGAUCUGAGAAUUAUACAUAGAAAGAACAGGACUGGAUUUGAAGAGAGCAAGGAUUUUCCUAUUGUGCUAAAUACCGUCCUUGCAGGCCGAUACUAUGUAACCGAGUACCUCGGAUCGGCUGCUUUUAGUAAAGUUAUUCGAGCACACGAUCUACAGACGGGCAUAGAUGUUUGCCUAAAGAUCAUAAAAAACGACAAAGAUUUCUUUGAUCAGAGCUUAGACGAGAUCAAACUUCUAAAGCUUGUCAACAAACACGACCCUGCAGAUCGGCGUCACAUUUUACGGCUGUACGACUACUUUUAUCAUCAGGAACAUCUCUUCAUUGUUUGUGAACUACUUCGAGCGAACUUGUACGAGUUUCAAAAAUUCAAUCAAGAGUCUGGUGGAGAUGCUUAUUUUACAUUUCGUAGAUUGCAGUUUAUUACGCGUCAGUGUUUGGAGGCAUUGGAGUUCUUGCAUCAUUUGGGAAUCAUUCACUGUGAUCUAAAGCCAGAAAACAUUCUUCUUAAAAGUUACAAACGAUGCGAGAUUAAGGUUAUCGACCUUGGAAGCAGUUGCUUUCAAUCAGAUAACUUGUGCCUAUACGUGCAGUCUCGAUCGUAUAGAGCUCCGGAAGUAAUUCUAGGCCUCCCGUAUGAUCCAAAGAUCGACUUAUGGUCUCUUGGUUGUAUCUUGGCUGAGCUAUGGUCUGGAGAAGUAUUGUUUCCGAACGAUGCAGUUGUAAUGAUCCUUGACCGCAUGAUCGGGUUGUUCGGUCCCAUCGACCUGGAGAUGCUCCUAAAAGGACAGGAGACACACAAGUACUUCACUAAAGAAUAUGAUCUGUUUUAUAUGAAUGAGGAAAAUGAUCAAAUGGAGUUCAUCAUCCCCGAAGAGUCCUCCUUGGAGAAUCAUUUGCAGGUUUUUGACUCCGUGUUCAUUGAUUUCCUUUCGAACUUACUCGAGAUCAAUCCAGAAAGACGACCAACUGCAAAGGAAGCUCUGGCACAUCCGUGGCUGUCGCAGUCGUACCCGUAAACAUUCUCAUAAUUUUUUGAAGAAGUAUCAAAUAAAUUAAAGAAAGUAAUAAUAAGAGGGAAAAAGAUAAAAAAGAAUUGGCUUCUGGUUUUGCUCUUUUUUGUAAAUGUCUGAAGAAAAAGAAACUUUGUAGAAUUGAUUCAAUGAAUUAGAAACUUGUCAAUUUUGUGAUAUGAGAAAUGAAAGUUUUGGUUUUUGCUUA